AUGUUCACCCUUACGAUGAAAAGUACCUGCAAAUUUUCACCUCCAUAUUCGAAUUAUUUUUGGACAACUGUCUUACAGUCUGAGUGCUUCGUACGCCCUGAGAGACUAGAUUCCUACAUUAUUCGUAGUUCCAUUAUAACUUUCUCACUCA